CAUUUGAAAACAUAAGCCAGCAGCAGAAAUAGCACAACGGAGAAAAAAAUAAUAAAAAGAAAUAAAAAUGGCAUUUCUAAGGUCUGUGACAACAACCACGAACGCUGCCAUAGCAGCCUCUGCUCUACCAGCAGCCUUUGCUAUCUCUUCUCUUUCUUCUUCUUCUUCUUCUUCUCAAUCUUCUACUCCAAAUCCCAGAACCCAUAACCUUUCUUUCCUUUCAACUUCCUCUUCAUCUCUCCCAUCUCGCUUUGGCCUUGUCAAGAACCUGACUAGGCCUCCUUCUGCGGUUAGCAUGGAAGCACCCACAUCAGAUCACAAACCCAACUCUCAGGAAGAUUCAAUCUUGUUGCCUGAGCUACUUACAGAAUUCAUGGUGGAUAUGAAGUGUGAAGGUUGUGUUGGUGCUGUCAAGAAUAAGUUGCAAACUGUUAAUGGAGUGAAAAAUGUAGAGGUGGACUUGGGCAAUCAAGUGGUAAGGGUUCUUGGCUCUUCACCUGUAAAGAUCAUGACUGAAGCUCUAGAGCAGACGGGUCGAACUGCCAGGUUGAUUGGCCAAGGGGUUCCUGAAGACUUUUUAGUGUCUGCCGCUGUUGCUGAGUUCAAGGGCCCAGAUAUUUUUGGUGUGGUGCGCUUUGCUCAAGUGAAUAUGGAAUUGGCCAGGAUUGAAGCCAACUUUAGUGGAUUGUCACCUGGGAAACAUGGUUGGUCCAUUAAUGAGUUUGGAGAUCUGACAAGAGGUGCAGCAAGCACUGGGAAAGUAUAUAAUCCUAGCAAUCAAGGAACUGAAAAAGAGCCACAGGGUGACUUGGGAACACUAGAGGUUGAUGAGAAUGGAGAGGCCUUCUUCUCAGGCUCAAAACAGAAGCUAAGAGUUGUAGAUCUUAUCGGGAGAUCGGUGGUGGUAUAUGGAACAGAAGAUAAAUCAGACAAUGGUCUCACAGCAGCAGUAAUUGCUAGAAGUGCCGGUGUUGGUGAGAACUACAAAAAGCUUUGCACAUGCGAUGGGACCACCAUAUGGGAAUCAAGUAACAAAGAUUUUGUUACCAGCAAGGUUUGAUAAUGAAAACUAAUCCUACGCUUGAACAUUUAGGCAUCUUAUUCACCCAAUGAAGGGUUUGUUGCCUCCAACAUGUAUCCAUCUAUUUGGGAGCUGAAUGGAAUAAUAAUGAUGUCAUUUUUACCUAA